GUCGAGGCUGAGGGGACGAAAAGAGGCGAGGGAAGUGCUUAGGCGGCGCCGGCGCCAAGAUGGCGUACCAGACCUUCCGCCAGGAAUACCUGCAGGUGCCUCCCGUCACCCGGGCCUACACCACCGCCUGCGUCCUCACCACCGCCGCCGUGCAAUUAGAAUUAAUCACGCCAUUUCAGCUGUACUUCAACCCUGAACUAAUAUUUAAACACUUUCAAGUAUGGAGGCUCGUAACGAACUACCUUUUCUUCGGACCAGUUGGAUUUAAUUUUUUAUUUAAUAUGAUAUUUUUAUACCGCUACUGCCGAAUGCUUGAGGAAGGAUCAUUCCGGGGCCGGACAGCAGACUUUGUAUUUAUGUUCCUUUUUGGUGGACUAUUAAUGACUCUUUUUGGCUUGUUUGUCAACUUGGUCUUCCUAGGACAGGCAUUUACAAUCAUGUUGGUUUAUGUCUGGAGUCGCAGGAACCCUUUCGUCCGCAUGAACUUCUUUGGGCUUCUCAUCUUCCAGGCUCCCUUUCUUCCCUGGGUCCUCAUGGGAUUUUCACUCUUACUGGGAAACUCUAUUAUUGUUGACCUUCUAGGUAUUGCUGUUGGUCAUAUAUAUUUCUUCUUGGAAGAUGUCUUUCCAAAUCAGCCUGGGGGAGGAAGGCUUUUGAAAACACCAUCAAUUCUAAAAGCCAUAUUUGAUACACCUGAAGAGGAUCCCAAUUACAACCCUCUCCCCGAAGAACGGCCUGGAGGCUUUGCCUGGGGUGAAGGCCAGCGCUUGGGAGGCUGAACAGAAGACAGGCUGGCAGAUGUCCUAGACACAGGGACCUUUCCAGAGACACUGACCUGGAGAACUUUUCCGGAGAUUUAUCUGCUGUCUUGUGGAUAAAGGAAGUUUUAAUAGCUUUACUAGUCUGAACAAUAUGAUGCACUUUUUUUCUUUUUUUAAGGAAGGGGUUCGUGGGAAGAUGCUCUAAUCAAAAGACCUAUUCCAGGAAAUUGACAGCAACAGCAAACCCUCACCAGGGCUUUAGUUGCAUUCCUGGGUUCAGGUGUGGAUGAUCUUCUCCAAGCCAAGGCAAACUGGAAGUGGAACUUUCGCAACUCAUUUAAUGAGAUCAUCAGUUCUUGUGUAAAAAACAAAAUAUAUUUCUAAGGCAUUCUCCAUCCCCAUUUAUUUGAUACAGAGACUGGAGAACUUCAAAAAAUGAUUAAAACUUUUUGAUUUUA